AUGGCCCUUUUGUGUUUCUCCUUCUUCUUCUACUUCACCGCCAUUAUGCUGAAGGUCUUCUUCACCACUCCUCACAUGCAAGAGGACCCCCGAUACGUCCUUUUUGUCCACAUGCUCAUCAAUGACACGUUGUAUAUUAUCUUGGGAAAUUUAAUGGUAGUGCCUUUCAUGUAUUCGAUAUACAUCCCAGUAGCCAUCUGUUUCAUCAUUACCAGCUUGGCAGGCUAUUCCUUUCUAGUGACCCCAUACAACCUGGCCCUCAUGUCUCUAGAACGUUACAUAGCCAUAUGUUUCCCACUGAGAUACUUACAGUUCUGUACACCAAAGAAAGCUAAAUAUGCAAUUGCUGUGGUCUGGGUCAUAGGGUUGUCUCUAAUUAUUGUAAAUUUGACUGUCGCGAUCUACUCAGCAGAAAGAACCUCAUAUUCCCUUUAUGUAUUGUGCGACGGUUCAAUGUUGAUGUUAAACCCCAUACAAGAUGUGGUCAGGACCUUCACCAAUAUCCUCAGCUUCACUGUAGUGGCCUUGAUCAUUGUAUAUACCUACAUUAAUGUCAUGCUGGUUGCCAGGAGGAUCGGUUCUAGUGGUUCCUCAGCCAUUAAAGCUAGCACAACUGUGAUGCUCCAUGCCUUCCAACUCGUAUUAUGUAUGGUUGCCUUCAUCUCCACCAUAACCGAGACCUAUAUAAAGAAUUACAUGUAUUACUUAAUCCUUUCAAAUUAUGUUUUGUUUGUUUGUUUGCCCAGAUUGAUCAGUCCAUUCAUCUAUGGGGUAAGAGAUGAAGCUUUUCAAAAACAUAUAAGAAAAUAUUGCACAAUAACUCUUGUAUGUCGACCACAAUGA